UUACCAUGGACGGUCAUGAGCCCAACAUUCUGGAAAGUGGGAGUUGGAGGGAUGGACCAAUCAGCAGGCUCCGAUGCAGGUUACAUCACAAUGGCUGAAGAACGCCUGAGGCAGUUGGAGGGGCAGAGCACCAGGAGGGCAGCGCAGAGUUGGCUGCUCUCUUGCUUCUCUCUCGUCCGCUUUGGGUAUUGGUGCCGUUCUCUGGAAGUUACCCAGGGCCUUCUUGAGUCAGAAGAAGAAUGCCUAAAAACAUGGGUAGAAUUAGAUUUGAUAGACCUUCCCGCCUGUGAACUCCACAGUCUUGGGGAGUUGGCAGACCUAAUGUCUUCUGUUCCCGUCUCACUCAUCUGUACGAAAAAGCUAGCGCUGGCCUUGAAGAAUGAAGGCUAUAUUCCAAAACUGCUACAGCUUUUCCAAGUCUGUGAGAGUGCAAAGGACACGGAAGCCUUGCAUCUUCUGUUUGAGAUAAUGAAAGGAAUUUUGUGCUUGGACAAAACCAUUCUGUUUAAGAUGAUGUUUUCUGAUGAGUAUAUUCUGGGUGUUCUCGGAUGCCUUGAAUAUGAUCCUCGUUUGGCUCAGCCAGGAUGGCACAGGGAAUUCUUGACCAAAAAAGAAAAGCUUCAGGAUGCUAUUCCUGUCAGAAACCCUGAACUCAGGCAAAAAAUCCGGCAGACAUCCAGGGCACACUACAUUCAAGCCAUCAUCAAUCCAAAUCCAUUGGAUUUUAAAGGGGGUUCUCUUUCUACCCUCAAUUCCUUCAUCAGCUCCAGCAAACACAAGAUUUUUCAGGCAUUGCAGAAAGAUCAGAAAUUUUUGCCUGAAGUUUUUGCACGAUUAACAAAUGAAGAUACAACUGGUGAACAACAAUGUGAAUUGAUGAAGUUUUUCAAGGAAUUCUGUGCCUUUUCUUGCAUGUUACCUAAGAAAAGAGAGGAAUUUCUUCAAACUCUAGCAAAGCUGAAAUUUCUUCCAAUUCUUGAAAUGUUAAUGAAAAAGGACGAUCUGCAAGUUAGAUCUGCUGCUACAGAUAUAUUGUGUUACCUAGUAGAAUUUAGUCCAACCACUGUCCAACAAUUUGUAAUGCAAGAGGCCAAGCAGAAUGAGAAUGAUACCCAACUCAUCACUGAGAUCAUUGAGCAGAUAGUCUGUAGUCCUGACCCUGAAUUUGGAGGAGAUAAUAAGUUGAUGGAGAUUUUGUGUGCUUUGAUCAAUCCACAAAAAAUGCUGGCUGUAGCUAGUCAUUUAGAAGUAUUUGAAUUUCUCGAUAUCUUCUACGACCGUUACAUUGAAGUUCUUAUAGCGCCGCUUCUGGCUCAUACAUCUGAAGAAUGGAAUGACAUAGAUAAUUAUCAAACAGCAGAAAUACUUGCCUCAGUUUUGAAGCUGUUGUCUUUUUGUGUCGAACGGCACAAAUAUCACAUGAAGAAUUUCGUCAUCAAGAAAGAUCUCCUGAGAAGAACACUGGUUUUGAUGAAAACCAGACACAGAUUUCUGGCCUUGUGUGUUCUUCGCUUUAUGAGGAGGAUAAUUGGCCUGCAGGAUAACGUUUAUAACCAAUACAUCACUGUGGGAAACCUGUUUGAACCAGUUGUAAAUGCUGUGCUGGAGAACAAGUAUAGCUGCAACCUGCUCAUGUCUGCCUCGAUAGAGCUGUUUGAAUUCAUCCAACAGGAGAAUAUGCAUUUCCUUAUUGCACAUAUAGUUGAAAACUUCUCGGAUGCACUGGAAUCUGUCAAAUACGUUCACACAUUUGAGGAACUGAAGACAAAAUAUGAGCAAGCAAAAAAGCAAGAAGCAGCAAGAUGUGAGCAACAUGAGAAACUGAACAGGGUCUCCAUAUUGCCUGGUGAGACACUUGUCAAAAAAGCAGUAGUCUCACAGGAUGAAGGUGAAGAGAAGGCAGCUCCAACAUCACCAGCAAGCUCCAGUGACUCCCAUCCAACGAGCACAACCCUGACCGCAGUGGUGACAUCCCCCAAGAGAGGUAUAUUUGAAAUAUUUGGUUAUCCUGAUGAUGAAGAUGAUGAGGCAUCACCAAAGAAAAAAGCUCGUCUGGAUUCCUAAAAGCAACUGCAAUUUUAAAAUAUGGACUUUCAUUAUGGGCUUUCCAAUGCUGCAACUGUUUAAUGUUAAAAUACGGAGCCAGCUGCAAUCCAGCACAUAGAUAUCUCUAGUAAUAUAUGUUAUUAUAUAAUAAUAAUAGUAAUAAUAAUAAUAAUAAUAAUAAUAAUAAUAAUGUAAUGUAGUGGUAGUAUAUGUUUAUAAUACAAUACAAUACCAUAUAAUAUAAGUAAUAUAAUUAAUAUUACAAAGUAUAGUAGUAACGUAGAUUAGGUCCAUUUCUCAUGGAAUAGUUUAAUGUGAAGCCAUUUCUAUGUUUUGGAGAUUUAGAUAGUAGUUAGUUUAAGGUAGUGGCUAGGUUUAAUUGUAGCUCUUGUUUGGAAAAAAAUUGCCUUCUCUAUAGCUAUAUAAGAUAGUUUGUUCCAUCAAACAAGUUUAUAUUGUAUUGAAGAUCCAAAUGUACUUGUUUUAUACCAUUUGUAAGCAUGUUGCAAUAUUAAUGUUGAGCUGUAAAAUUUAGGAAUUAAAAUUAGACUCUGUAAUUUCAUAAGAUGUGUUAUUUGUAGGUACUAUAUUAAUAAAAAGUUACAUGAAACCUGA